AUGAUUAAUUCAACUAACAAUAACAAUUUGCAUCAUCAUGAUCGUCGUAAUCGAUGGACAAAAACAACAACAAAAGGACAACAAUUACAAUCGCCAUCGUUAAUAUUAAAAAAUCAAUAUGAUCAACAACAACAAGAAGAAAUGCCUAUGAAAAAUCCGUUAGCAUGGACUAAAAAGUGGACUAAAUGGUUUUCAUCAUGUGGUUCAGAACGAAUAUCUCAUAAUAACUCAAAUUCAAGAACACAGUUCAUCGAGAAAAAAUUAUCAGCAACUAAUUCAAGUUUUUCUAUUGGACAAAAUCCAAACGAAAAUCCAGAAGGAAAUUUAUCUCGUACAACAUCAAAUUAUCAUCAUCAUCAUCAACAAUCGAACGAUAAAGUUAAUAAUUCAAAUACAGUACUUUAUCGUGAAAAUUCUCGUCGUUAUUCAAAUCCAUUUUUUACUUCAGCACGUUUUAGUGGAGCUCGUACAUCAAUUGCCGCUAUACCAACAACAACAAUAACAACAACAGCGGCAAUAGUACCAACAUUAGCAACUUCUCAACAAAAGCAAUCCACACAUUUAAGUCGUUCUGUUGAUCGUUUACAUAAUAAAUCACAUCGUCGAGAAUUACGUUAUGAAGAACAUGAUGAUUACAUUCCGCCACCACUUCAUUCAAUUCAAUGUCAUCCAACAAUAGAUCAUUAUAGAAAAAGUUUGAAUCAAUCAACAUAUUUCUCAUCAAAUCAUCGUCGUAGUCAGAUAGACACAUAUCAAUUAUCAUCAUUAAAUAAUCGUUUAAUAUUACCAAGACCUUAUUCAUCAAAUAUACCUAUUUCACAAAGUAUUCAAAUCAUGUCGAAAACUUCAUCUGAUAAUAAUAAUAAUAAUAAUAAUGCAUAUGGAAAAUUAUCUGACUGUCAUAUACCAUUAAUACCAUUAGAAAAUUCAUCUGUUAAAGCCCCACGUCGUAUUGAAUCAGCAUAUAGUCAAUUUCCUACACAACCAGAACCGAUUUAUGCCAAUACUCAAUCACUCUAUGAUAAUAUACUUUAUCCACAAUCAGUAUCAAAUGUAUCAAAUAAAACUUAUGAACAAGAAAAAAAAUCUUGUGCAUCACAAACACAAUUAACAUGGACAAUGGCAACAUUUUCUUCAUUUGUUGAUUUAGAAAAUCAAUCAGUUAUUAUACCACAACCAGAUCCAAGUACACUUUAUUCUGUUGUACAACAUUAUCAAUCACCAUUAUCACCAUCAGCAUCACCAGAAACAAUUCAACAAAUGAAAAGAAUGUCCCCAAGAUUACAGUAUAUUGAUGAUACAAAUGCAUCAUCAUAUUAUCAACGACCGCGUAGUCCAAUAUCAUCGAAUAUAAUCAAAGAAAAACGUGAUGGCUCUUUUCAAACUCUUCUUACAAUAGCUCCAACACAAGACUUAGAAUCAAAUAAACAAUUAUUUAUUCAUGAUUCUACUCCAUCACCGAAUUCAACCGGUUCAUUAGGAAUAACUGGUCAACAACAACAACAUCAUCAUCAUCAUCGAAGACAUAAGUCACGCAGCCAGGCAAGUGCUACUAAUAUCAGUACACGUGAUGUUGGUCUUCAAGUAAAUAUUCAAACAGUGAAAAAAAUAACAUUUUCAUCACAAAAAAGUGAUGAAUCAUCCAUAACAACAGGUACAUCAUUACCAAUAAGUACAAAAAUUCUUCCAGAAUUCAAAAAUGUUGAAACAAAUACAGAACCAUUAGUUACAAAACGUGAUAAAAGUACAUUAUAUGAACCGAAUAUUAAUUUAGUAACAUCAUCAUCUCAAACAUUAGAUGCUCCCAUAGUACCAACUACAAAUCGUCAAACAAAAGCUGCUCAAACAUUAAAUAAAACAUUACGUGAUCAAUCAAUUGAAACGAAUAAUCGUGGUUUAUUUGUAUGUGAUCUGAGUUCAUUAUUAACAAAUGGUUUAGAUGAAUCAUCAUCACCAAAUUCAUCAUUAUUAAAUACAAAGCAAAAAUCAUAA